GUUUUGUGCAUGCAUGUGAAACAGCUCAGCUGUCAAUGCCAAUGCAUGCACAUAGUCUCACUCUCUGAUUUCCUUCCCAGUAGCGAACUUUGAACAACAUGCCUUUGUGCGCGGAAAGAGGUGGGAAUGGAACAGACUCUGAAUGAGGACAAAAAGUGGGAUCAAGGAGAAUCCUGAUUUCCUACCUGUGUUAGAGGAAAAUAAUCAUUUUCAUCACUAAAGUGCCAGCAGAACCAGCAGCUCCUUCUGAAUGCACCUCUCGAGACAAUGUAUAGAAUCAGGAGGACGCAGAGCUUCGCUGCUUGUCCAGAGGCACCUUUUUUCCUUCUGCCUCCUCGGAACGCAUCAGUUCACAAAGGAGAGAAUGCAACUUUCUAUGUUAAGGUCAAGGGUCACCCAGAGCCCGAGCUGUGCUGGUAUAGAGAGGAGGAGGCUGUGCCUCAGGCAGGGCGAUUCCAUCUCGAGAGAGUUGGCCAAGGAGCCUACAUCUUCACCAUCACUGAGGUCACCGCUGCGGAUGCGGGGAGAUACCGCUGUGAAGUGAAGAACUGUGCUGGUUCCCAACAGAACACAGUCAGACUGGACUUAAAAGACCAAGCGAGCACGACAAGAAUGUUUCAAAGCAAGCUGAGACGGAUACAGAGCUGGGGAGAGAGCCAUCCCCGAUUCGUCACAAAGCCGUCCGGUCAGGCUGUGAGUGAGGGGGAAUGCGCCGUCUUCAGAGCCAGGGUCACUGGGAGACCCCCACCACAGGUUACAUGGCUAAAGGACUCUACCCUGCUGGGCACCUCCCCUCGUGUGCGGCUCUUCCAUUCAGCAGGCUUCUUCGUGCUGGAGGUGCUGGAGGUGCAGAGAGAAGAUGCAGGACUGUACACUUGUGAGCUAUCGAGCCCCACAGGCAGGGCCAGCACUACAGCACAGCUAAGAGUCUUAGAUCCUAGCACCUCAAGCACGAAUCCCAACAGUGUCCGGAAACAGAUCGUUUUGAAAAGUCCCACACACCCUGCAAGGGACCAACGGGACAGAAACUCUCUGGAUGAUAAUAAUGGUACCAUCUCAACAAAUACACAACACAAGGCAAAAGAGGACAAUGCUCAGCCAGAACCCCCGGUGUUCACUCAGCCUCUUGCAGACUGUACUGUGGACGAAGGAAGUGACAUCGCUCUUCAGGGUAUUAUCACAGGAACGCAACCCAUUCACAUUUCCUGGCUUCAUAAUGGUGAAACUGUCCAGUUUGGCAAACCCUUCUUCCAGGGAAAUGAGGCACGCCUGGUGGUGAAGGAAUGCCUGCCUGAAGAUGCUGGUGCCUACACCUGUGUGGCAGAGAACAGAGCGGGGAAAACAUCGAGCAGUGCGGCUGUGUGUGUGAGAGACUUUGAAAGUAUCUGCAUGGACCGAAGCAUGAAAAUAAAGUGUGCGGCCGUGAACGGCAGGUCAAAGGACAGCAGCCCGGUCUCGGCAGCAUUGCCCCAGGCCUCUGGGCGCAGCAGGGGAGAUAGGAGCCACAAGCACAGCAAAGACUUUGAAAACGUUGGCAUGGACAGAAGCAGAAAGAUACAGGCAUCUGCUGUAGACUGCAUCACAGAACAGAGAGGCAGGUCAAAGGCCUCAGCAGCACCGCCCCAGGCCCUCGAGAACAGCAGAGUGCGCAGUGGCGAGCCAGGCCUCUGCCUCAGGACAGGUUCUGUCACACCAAAGAGGAAACCAACUUCAAGUUCAGAUUCUCCUCUGCGGUUGCUGGACCUGCAGACUCAGGUGGAGGUAAGGGUCGGAGAGCAAGCAGAGCUGAGUUGUCGGUUUGACGCUAGACUCCCUGUCGCCGCCUGCUGGAUACAACAGAAAAAAAAGAUCAGCGAUGGCCCCCGCACACGGGUAGAGACGUCAGAGCGGAGGAGCAGGCUGCUGAUCAGGGACGUGCGGCCGGACGACUCUGGCCGUUACACACUGCUUGUGCGAGACCGCAGCGGCCACGCACAGCACCACAUUACACUCACAGUCAUUGAUCGCCCCCAGCCCCCCGCGGGCCAGCCCUACAUCUCUCAGGUGAGCUCGGGCUCCCUGACCCUGUCCUGGUCUGGCCCCUGCUACGACGGGGGUAGUGCGGUCACCCGCUACAGAGUGGAGGUGAGGAAGGAGGGUCCGGACGGCAAGGGGGACUGGACGGAGCUGACUGCCUCCUGUAGUAGCACUUCGUACCACGUGCGCACUGGCCUGGAGCCCCAUGCUGAGUACCGCUUCAGAGUGCGAGCCAGCAACAAGGUCGGAGAGAGUGAGCCCAGCCAGGAGUCGGACACCAUCAGGAUGGACAAUGUGGAAGGUAUAGAGGCUCAAUACAGCUGGAUCUCUAUCAACACCACUCAGAAGGUGACAGACCUGUAUGACCCACACUUGGAAAGGCUUGGCGUAGGGAAGUUCGGACAGGUCUUCAAGCUCCUGCACAAGGAGACUGGGAAGGUCAGUGCUGGGAAGUUCUACAAGGCACGCACCUCCAAGGAGAAGGCGAGCGCCCGGCGGGAGAUUGAGCUCAUGAACAGCCUCCACCACCCAAAACUAGUGCAGUGCCAGGCUGCUUUCGAGAACCGCAGCGACAUUGUCAUGGUGAUGGAGUACAUUGCUGGGGGGGAGCUGUUUGAACGGAUUGUGGAUGACAACUUUGAGCACACGGAACCCACCAGUGCAUGCUACAUGCGUCAGAUCCUGGAGGGGGUACAGUACAUGCACCACAGGAACAUCGUGCAUCUGGACCUAAAACCUGAGAACAUCGUCUGUGUCAACCGCACCGGAACACUCAUCAAAAUCAUAGAUUUCGGUCUGGCCAGCAAGCUGGACCCCAAGACCCCCCUGAAGGUGAUGCAUGGGACCCCUGAGUUUGUAGCUCCAGAGGUGAUUGCUUUUGAGCCAGUGGGUCUGGUCACAGACAUGUGGAGCAUUGGAGUGAUCUGUUACAUCCUUCUGAGUGGGGAGUCUCCAUUCCAGGGGAGCACUGAUUCCGAGACACUGGCACUCGUGACAGAGGCACAGUGGGAGUUUGAGGAGGAGAGCUUUGAGGCAAUCACAGAUCAGGCCAAAGAUUUCAUCAGCCACAUGUUGAAGAAGAACAUGAAACACAGACUGACCUGUGACCAGGCACUGGCUCACCCCUGGAUGGAGACCGUCAAGACCAUGGACCCACGAGCCACCAAGAGCCUGUCCAAGAUGAAGAUGAAGAAGUUCCUGGCUCGGCAGAAGUGGCAGAAAACAGGAAAGGCUGUGCUCGCUCUGAAGAGGAUGUCUCUACUCUCCAACAAACAAGAGGGUGCAACAUCACACUGCCCCCCUGUGGAGAAAGACGAGCUGCAGCUGAGCCUGGAGGAGGAGCGUGCCCUGCACUCUCUGGAGCAGCAGCUUCGCUCCGAGCCACGGUUCCUCACUCGUAUGCAAGACCUCAGCAAGCCCGAAGGCUCCAGCGUCUGUCUGCAGUGCCAUAUCCAAGGCUACCCUGAUCCAGAGGUGCUGUGGUUUCGGGGUGAGGAGCCAUUGAGAGAAUCCUCCACAAUAAAGAUGGAGUAUGAAGAGGACGGAAGUUGCUCUCUGCUCCUAUCCAACACCUCUCCAGAGGACACUGGGCUGUACUCCUGCAAGGCCACCAACAGCCAGGGGGAGGCAGUGUGCUCAGCUAGACUUACCAUCUCCCCCCUGAAAAGCACCAAAAACAGGUAUAGCCCCAACGAGCCCCAAAGAAGUACACGUCCAUAGUAUAUAAUAUUUAAUAUAAGCUCUUGAAUGCAUUUAUAAUUCAGCACAUGUCUGGUCUUGGGAAUUGGAAAUUCUGCAUGUUACUGAAAUCAGUAUAAAAAAAAUAUAUCCUGCCACUUAACCUGUAUGACACUAUAUGAUUGACGUAGUAGUAAUAGUAUGGUUUGGCUCUGGACAGUCAACAAUGUCAAAGUAGUGAAGGCAUUAAUCUUGUCCCUGUAGUUCUAUGUAUGCAUCCUCAGGACAGGUACAAUGUGGAAGAAGAAAAAAAAACUUAUUAACCAAACUGUAUGUGGUUUAGUUCCUUUUGCUAGCACCAAAUUCAAUACAGCAGCUAUUUAUAUAUUGAAUGAACAAUACUGUAUGUAAUGCGAUGCACAGAUUAAAGGCUUCCUUGACUUUCAUGAGCACUUAAUUUACCCCAAAGGUUUCUUCCCCGACCCAGUACUCUCCACACCUGCUUUACAUGCUCUGACCACUGAGCCACUCCAUUCCAUUGUCUAGCAAACUACUUUGCAGCACUGCAGUAUAACUAUUGAGUCACAGAAUUGUCUUGUGUCUGCCCAGCAGCUGACCCGAACAUCCCUUCACCUAAAAUUGCAAAACAAAUUAAAAUCCUCAUGCCCAUUUUUAUUAUAUUAGAAUGGCAAUAAUAACUCCUAGACACUCAUGUUAUCGGUGGUAUUUUCCUGUCUCUGGUGUCUGUUGGAGGACUGUGAAGGACCAAGUGCAAUGUGAUUUGUUGCUGCAAUGUGAUGGAAAGGUUGUAGAAACCACAUGUUUACUUAUUUUUAUUCAAUAAUCAAAUAUAUAAUUGUAUGGGGAAAAAAUGUAACAAAUGGUAUAAG